AUGUAUUCACAAUGGCUUGAUGAAGGAGGCAUAAGUAUUGGUACCAAUGCACCAUAUUGUCAAGUAAUAACAGAUUAUAUUUAUUGCCUCCAAGGUAUUUCGCGUACUUGUCGAGGUAUUUUAAAAUUCCAUACACUUCAAACAUUACUCGACCGUCAAAGAACGGAGUUCUCCUGUCGAUCGUUUCCUGAAUCAAUGAAACCAUCAGAAAGUUUCGAUAGGAAAUGCUAUACGGUGAUAGCGAAUGCGACAAAUAUUGCAACAAGGUAUUGUUCAUUGUUUGGUUCAAGACAUUUACGGACGUUUGAUGGUCGGUUUCAAACAUGUGCCAAUGAAGGAGCUUAUCCAGUUGUCGACAAUCAGUAUUUGUUAAUCCAGAUCACGCAUUCAAAUUUAGCUAGUGCUGAAAAUGCGAUAACUAAGAUAACAGUAAUAAUAAGGCCGACGAAGAAAUGUCUAUCUCGAAAACGCUAUGAGACCGGAGUCGAAGAUGUUGAACUCUCCAGUUCAUUUGUCGAUGGUACGACGUAUGCUGGCGAGGAAAAUCAAAAAAUUGUAGAAAUAAAGCAACAUAAUAAUUCAUAUGUCGAAAUUCUUCUCAGGCAUACGGCGACUUCCAUCUAUAUUCGUCGACAUGGCCCUUUUCUAUCAAUUGCUGUACGUAUGCCAGAAUCACUAGUCGAGGCUAAAGUGGGCGAAGAGGAAGAACGAAUGUGCGUUUCUGGUUGUAGUAGGGGUGAAACGAUAAAAAUCGAAGAGGCUCUAGCUAAUCCAUUAUCAUUCAGUAAAUGUUAUGGAGUAAAGACAAAAACACCAAUAAAAAUUGCAAUCGAUCAAUGUUCACGUGCUGGUACUAUGGAUGCUUUUUUUGAUGCAUGUGUUUUUGAUUUAAUGAUGACAGGCAACAAAAUGUUUGUCGAAAUGGCUGCAAGCGCGAAACAGAAUAUCAUGUCAAUGUAUGAGCCAUAUAACAAACAUUACUCAACUGGGCGCAUGAAUCUUACAAUUUAUGAUUCUAAGGCUGGCUAUCAAUGGACACAGUGUGUUAUGGCAGAAGCUCAUAGCUCAGUAAAUUUGUCUUCGCCAAGUUUUUCUAUAAUUAUGACUUUAAUCGUUUGGAUCAUGUUUCACUUUAUGCAGAAAUAG